UGCACAGCAUGGGCCUGUUGUGCCUCGUGUGCCUCUGGCUGGUGCUCGCCCUGGUCCCGCUGGGCGCCGGUGCCUGGCAGUGCCCCUACAUCCCAUUCAGCUCCACCAGGAACUUCUCUGUCCCCUACACGCUGCCUGGCCUCGACGCUGGCAGCCCCAUCCAGAACAUUGCUGUCUUUGCUGACUCUGAUGGUACGGUCGCCGUCUUUGUGGCCGUCCGUAACCGCAUCCUGCUGGCCAGUGCCGAGAUGCAACUCCUCUCCGUCCUUGUCACCGGCCCGGUGGGCAGCGCCAAGUGUGAGAUCUGUCACCUGUGCCCAGCCACCACAGAUGGCCCUGAGGACACGGACAAUGUCCUGCUGCUGCUGGACCCACUGGAGCCGUGGCUGUACAGCUGUGGCACAGCACGGCAUGGGCUGUGCUACCAGCACCAGCUGGAGGUGCGGGAUGGUAAGGUGGCCAUCACAGCCACACACUGCCUGUACUCGGCCACGGGCAACAGCCCCACAUUGUGCCCCGACUGCGUGGCCAGCCCCCUGGGGACCAGUGCUACCGUGGUGGCCACCUCCUAUGCCUCUUUCUUCUACCUCGGCUCCACCAUCAACAGCAGCGUGGCAGCCCAGUACAGCCCACAGUCGGUGUCCGUCCGCAGACUGAAGGGCACCUUGGACGGCUUUUCGGGUGAUUUCCAGUGGCUGACGGUGCUGCCGCGAUACCGCGACAACUACACCAUCCACUAUGUGCACUCCUUUGCCGACGGGGACCACGUCUACUUCCUGAUGGUGCAGCUGGAGCGGCCGGGCUCGACCGUGUACCACACACGCCUGGCACGGCUCAGCACCCACGAGCGUGACCUCCGUCGCUACCGCGAGCUCGUCCUCGACUGCCGCUUCGAGUCCAAGCGCCGGCGCCGGCGGCGCAGCGGCGAGGAGGAUGCUGAGCGGGAUGUUGCCUACAACGUGCUGCAGGCAGCCCACACUGCCCGCCCUGGUGCCCACUUGGCCCGUGACCUCGGCAUCAAUGACACCGACACGGUGCUCUUCGGUGCCUUCGCCGAGAGCCAGCCGGAGAGCCUGGUGCCACGGGAGAACUCAGCUGUCUGUGCCUUCCCAAUCCGCCUCCUCAACCAGGCCAUGGAGGAGGGCAUGGAGAAGUGCUGUGGCAUCGGACACCAGCCACUGCUGCGGGGGCUCAGCUUCUUCCAGCCAGUGGAGUACUGCCCACACAACGUGAACCUCUCAGCUCCGGUGAUAAACACCAGCUGCUGGGACCAGCCCACCCUCGUUCCCGCUGCCUCCCACAAGGUGGACCUGUUCAACGGGCACCUGGCCCAUGUCCUCCUCACCUCCAUCUUUGUCACCACCCUGGGGAAUGUCACUGUGGCCCACCUGGGCACAGCAGAGGGACGCAUCUUCCAGAUAGUGCUCCAGCGCUCCAGCUCCUACCUCCUGACCAUGGCCAACUUCUCCCUGGGGGAGCCAGGGCCGGUGCAGGGUGCCAUGGGGUCACAGAGCCACUCGCUGUUCUUCGCUGCGGGCACCAAGGUGUGGCGCCUGAAUGUCACCGGCCCCGGCUGCCGCCACUUCUCACUGCCAGCGCUGCUGCGUGCCGAGCGCUUCAAUGGGCAUGUGGCUGGUGUGGGGAUGGCGUGCAUGCGCCGCCACGAGUGUGCCGGCCCCUGGGUCCAGGACAGCUGCCCACCCGUCCUCACUGACUUCCACCCCCGGAGCGCCCCGCUGCGGGGUCGGACACGGGUCACUCUCUGCGGCAUGACCUUCCGCUCCCACUCGGACCCCGACCCCAGCCGCAGCCCCCCCGCUGCCUACCGAGUGACAGUGGGACAGCGAGGCUGCACCGUGCUGCCACAGGAGAUCAAGAGCUACAGACCCCUGCCCACCUCCCGCCGCAGGGAGUUUGUGGACGUGCUGGUGUGUGAGCUGGAGCCCGGGGGGCUGGCAGCAGCGAGGGGCCCAGCCAACGUGGUGCUCACUGUGGAGGAGCCCGCCAGACCCUCUGGCUUCCAUGUCCAAGGCUCCUCUGCCCUUGGUGGCUUCAUCUUCGUGGAGCCACGCAUCAGAGCCCUGCACCCCCCGUUUGGCCCCCAGGGGGGUGGCACCCACCUCUCACUCCAUGGCGCCCACCUCUCCUCAGGGAGCAGCUGGAGGGUGAUGGUCAAUGGCUCUGAGUGUGCCCUGACCGGGCAGCCCAGUGACAACGGGACAAUUCAAUGCACGGCUCCUGCUGCCAGUGGCCUGGGUGCAGCCUGGGUGGCCCUGUGGAUCGAUGGGGAGGUGUUCCCAGCCCCGCUGCCAUUCCAGUACCGCCCUGACCCCUCUGUGUUGGCUAUCAUCCCCAACUGCAGCUAUGAGGGCUCGAUGCUCACCAUCAUCGGCACCCACCUGGACUCUGUGUAUCGCGCCAAGAUCCGCUUUGAAGCCAGAGGUGUGAUUACCAAAGCCACAGAGUGUGAGGACCCGCUGGCACCAGAGCGGCUGCUGUGCCGCAGUCCAGCCUUCCCCUUCAAGAGCAAGGUCGAUGUGCUGGGGAACCUGAGCGUGCUGCUGGACGGCGCUGACGGCCACUGGCUCUUCCACCUCCACUACCACUCCCAGCCCAAGAUCUUCCCCUUGAAGCAGGAGGGCGGGCGCUUCCGCCUCAAACCUGGUGAUGAUGAGAUCGAGGUGCACCAAGCGGGCCUGAAUGCCUUGGCCACCUGCAUGAACAUCACCAUGACAGUGGGGGGCCGGGACUGCCACCCCAACGUCCUGAACAACGAGGUGACGUGCCGCCUGCCCCGGGAGCUGCACCUGCCCCCCGCUGGGGCCCCCGUGGAGCUCAACUCGGUGUCCCCCAGGCUGGACGAGACGCUGACGGUGAAGGUGGCUGACUUUGGGCUGGCACGGGAUGUGUUUGGCAAGGAAUACUACAGCAUCCGGCAGCACCGGCACGCCAAGCUGCCCGUCAAGUGGAUGGCACUGGAGAGCCUCCAGACCCAAAAAUUCACCACCAAAUCAGAUGUGUGGUCCUUUGGCGUGCUCAUGUGGGAGCUGCUGACACGAGGGGCAUCGCCGUACCCCGAGGUGGACCCCUACGACAUGGCCCGCUACCUGCUGCAGGGGAGACGCCUGCCACAGCCCUCCCACUGCCCUGACACGCUGUACCGAGUGAUGCUGAGCUGCUGGGCACCAGCGCCCGAGGAGAGACCGUCCUUCACGGGGCUGGUGGGAGAGCUGGAGCGUGUCCUGGCCACACUGGAGGGUGAGCACUACGUCAACCUGGCUGUCACCUACACCAGCCUGGAUUGGGGCCCCCCCUUUCCUCCUGCCCCACCGGGGCAGCUGCCUGAUAGCGAAAAUGAGGACAGGGAUAAUGAGGAGGAGGAGGAAGAGGAGGAGAAUGCAUCCAUGUGCUGAUGGGAUGCCCUGCACUGGAGGGACUCCUGGACCCCCAGACACCAUGGACACACUCCCCUGAGGAGGGAUGCAGCAUGCAGCUGGAUGCUAUGGGGCACCUUCCCUAUGGGAUGGGUGCUGGGAGGCAGAUGGAUGCUGUGGGAUGCUCUCCCAUGGCUCACGCCCAGACCCUGCUGGGUGCUCCCCACAGUUGGUCCCAUGCCAUGAGGUGCUGGGGGCCUCAGUCCUGAGCUGGCUGGGUGUGGGGGGACUCAGCCCCACAGUGAU